AGAAGCAACUUACGUUACUUUACAGUAAUUGAACAGUCGUCACUGCACUCCUGAGAUUUUUUACUCUUGUUUUUGUCUCUCAGGCUUAUUCACUGUAGUAGUUUGUAGAGCUAGGUCUGUAGUAAGUAGGUCUUUCUCUCUUUUUUUUACCUUGACUAUUCAAGCAACACACAAGUCGUGAAGACCGAAGAGUUCGAAAUAAAUAAUAAUUUAUUUUCCCUCAGUUUGUUCUGGAAACUAUUGCUAUUAAUUUUGUCUGAACUAGUUCUUCAGGCAGCUGAAAUUGCAUAAAGUAUCAUCUUCAGCUCUGCCAAUUCGUUUUAGUGACCUUGAACUGCGCCUGUUACUCCUUGAGCCCACCGUACGAUAUGGAAGAAAGGUGUAUAGCCUGAAUGGUGCCCAAUCUGCCCAACAUCUCCCAAUAGAGAAGCUCAUUCAUUCCCUAACCGCCGGGGUCAGCUGUCGAGGACUUUCGUGCUUUGCUGGGUGGGAAUUAGUGCCAGCUUAGUCAUGGAUCUCAAGUACCUAUCGCUGAUAGUUCUGGUUCUGCAGACGACUGCAUUGGUGCUGCUGAUGCGCUACUCGCGUGCAGUCGGUACCGGGCCCAUGUACUUAGCUUCAACUGCCGUUGUGAUGGCUGAGGUGUUCAAACUUGUCUCCAGCCUCCUACUAUUCUGGUGGGAGCUGGCACGCGAAAGUUAUCGAUUCCACAGCCCGAUCGUGUUCUUGACUCACUUGAGGACAGUGCUGUUCAGCCAGCCAUUCGAACUGCUGAAGCUGGCCGUUCCUGCCCUGCUGUACACCAUUCAAAACAACCUGCUCUACGUAGCGCUGUCCAACCUAGAUGCCGCUACCUAUCAGGUCACGUAUCAGCUGAAAAUCAUGACCACGGCUAUAUUCUCUGUCCUUAUGCUUGGCAAGCAACUGGACGUCAAGAAAUGGACGGCAUUAGUUAUGCUGAUGUUUGGUGUCGCAUGUGUACAGAUGCCAUCCUCGUCCUCGAAGUCGUAUUCUGCCACUCACACGGUCGUCGGUAGCUCAGUAGUGGGUCUGGUAGCAGUGCUGUCCGCUUGCUGUUCGUCCGGCUUUGCCGGCGUCUAUUUUGAGAAAAUCCUAAAGGGAACCAAGCCAUCGCUGUGGUUGCGUAACUUUCAACUAGCGUUUUUUAGUAUCUUGUUAGGAUUCGGUGGAGUGGUUCUGGACAGAAAGGUGGUAUUGUCAGAAGGAUUCUUCCACGGAUAUAGUCCUCUCGUGUGGACAGUUGUUAUUUUGCAGGGUAUUGGUGGUCUAGUUGUGGCGGCAGUGAUCAAGUACGCCGACAACAUUCUAAAAGGCUUCGCCACAUCUGUUUCCCUGAUCUUUUCUGCGGUCAUCUCGUUCAUCUUCCUCGAUGAUCUGGAGCUGACAAGUCUCUUUGUUAUAGGUGCCUCCCUGGUGAUUGCUGCCACAAUGCUGUACAGUCAGCCGGAGAAGAAGUCUGACAACGUCCACCCACCUCAGCCUGCGUCAAAUGUAUGAUGGUUGUUGUGGUAUUGCUGUACACACACACAAACACACACACACACACACACACACACACACACACACACACACACACACACACACACACACAAUACAAUACAGCCCAUCUGCAGGUUAUGGUUGGUCCUGAAAGGACCGACGGUGUUUCAGUCACGGGGAACAGAACUUCGAGUGGCGAGUGAGGUCCUGGUGAUUGGUGAUAGCGAAAAUCUCGGCCGCAUUAACAAACACGCGCGUGCGCGCACACACACACACACACACAGAGUCAUUGAUACUUUUUAAACUCUCCUUACUUAGCAGUGGACAAAUUAAAAAAAUAUCUAGAGCUGGACACGCCUCCAACACACACUGACCUUGACUUCCAUUAUCAAGGAGCGACUGUCCGUUAUUUUAUUCAUACAUGGCCAUUAGUGUGGUCAGCAUCGCCUCGCCCUUUCACCAAAAUGCCACGCCUUUGUUUCUCCAGUGCUUUCAUUUUCUGGACUUGAGAUAUUCUCCUCCCCAGCUUCAUUUCUACUUUUCGAAAAUAAUCAACAAACUCUCCUUGCAUUCCGUAACUUAUCUCUGUGUACUCGUGUAGUCUAUUUUGCUGGUGGUUACUUGUUCAGCUUACUAACCUGCCAUGCCUGCCUUCAUUGCUGAUACAAGUCAAUAUGCCUACACAAAAUUUUUUAACUUCAAA